AUGUCAACGCAACGGGCUGUCUUCUGGGGCAGGCGCCAAAGUGGGACAGGAUCCCCAGCGGCCAAAGGCCAGGGCCUCAGGCCCGAUUCCACCCCCGCGCCCCCUCCUCGGAUCCGCUGGGGUCUUCCCCGUCCGGACCCCAUCCUUUCGCUCAGCCAGACCAGUUCCUUCCCUUCCCCCACCCCACCGGGAGACCCCGCGCCAUGCAGCUCACCGAGCUCGGGCGCUGCUCUCGCUGCCACGCCUGUCAAAGCUCUGCAAACAUCCGGCUCCGCAGUGGAACGGGAACCGCCCCCUCCAGGCUCCUCACUUCCCAACCACUUCCGCCACACCUCCAACCUACUUCCGGCUCGCUGCCAGUCCAAACUUGGCCUUUCCAGGAGCCACGCCCACUUCCUGCACUUUCCCGCCAAAGUGCCGGGGUUAAAGCGCCCUCGAGCGGCUUCACACCUUGGAGUGGGUAGAGCCCUCGGGUAUCCCCAAGGCCUGGCCGAGCCUACGGUUCCUCCCUCACCUUUCCCCACCCCCUCACUGCUUCCGAUCUCCCGGCAGGCCCCCGAGCCGCGCCUGCACCCGGACCCAGAAUGGAGCCCUUCGAGAGAAGGCUGUGUUCCCGUUCCCAGAGACUACUCGCCGGGGGCGAGCCGAGCUGUCCUUGCGCUAAGCAGCCUCCCCCGGGGCUUAGCCCUGGGCCCCUCAUUCGCGAGAACACAGCGCUUGGGGGUCUGGUGUGUCGGGGAGCCCCUGCAGCCCGGACUGCACUGGGGGCCGCUGCAAGAGAGCUCUGCCUCGGGGAAGAAGGGCGAGGGAGUGAAACCACGGCUGGAGGAGGACCUGUCUCUUGGCCCAUGGGACACCAUGUUUGCCUUUGAGCAGAGCUCAGGCUGGACCAGCUUGGUACAGCGAGGCAGGCUGGAGAGUGAGGGAAAUGUGGCUCCAGUUCAAAUCAACGAGAGGCUCCACCUGCAGGUAUACCGGGUCGUGCUGCCAGUGGAGGAAGAGAAGGCUAUGGUGGUAGUGGCAGAAGUGAAAUCUGCUGUACAACAGGAAGUGACCUCACCCAGGAAGGCUGCGGCAGAGGGUUCCACAAAUCCUGGCCGUCUGUCACCCCCCCCACCCCCCGGCCUCCAGGUAGAAAGUAUGCUGCGCCUUGGACCUAUGUCCCAACCAAAGGAUCAGCCUUCCCUGGAGAGCCGACUCCCUGGCCCACUGCUUCCAGGUGGCCGGGUGAAUGAGGAGGGCUCACCCUGGGCACAGAUGCCCCCAGAACCUCAGGACCCAGAGAGCUGUGACGCCAGUUUGUCAGAGGGCUCCCAGCUGCCCACCUGCCUGGCUGAGAAAUGUCCUGUGUCAGGUGACCAGUCCCCACCCCGAGCAAAGCCCUCAGAGCCUGGGGCCCAGGGCCCUGGCUCCCCUGGUCUCAUAUAGGGACCCCCAGGGUCACCAGCAAGCCGCCCGAAGCGGGGGCGCCGGUACCGCUGCAGGGAGUGUGGCAAGGCUUUCCUGCAGGCGUGCCACCUGAAGUACACGUUUGUGCACAUGGGCCACAAGCCCUUCCUGUGCACUGAGUGUGGGAAGAGCUACAGCUCCGGGGAGAGCUUCAAAGCCCACUUGUUGGGCCACCGAGGGGUUCGGCCCUUCCCCUGCCCGCAGUGCAGCAAGGCCUACGGCACGCGGCGCAACCCCCAAGAGCAUCAGAUGGUCCACUCGGGCGCCCGGCCCUUCGUGUGUGACCAGUGUGGCAAGGCCUUCGCCCACUGGCCCUCCCUGCGAUUGCAUUGCAAGACCCACCAGGUGCCCACUACCCCAGCCCCAUGCCCGUGCCCCAUGUGCGGCCAGCCCCUGGCCACCCAGGGCUCCCUGCGGACCCACAUGUGGCUGCACACGGGGGAGGAGCACUUCCUGUGCCUGCACUGCGGCCGGGCGUUCCGCCAGCGGGGCGACCUGCGCGGGCAUCUGUGGCUGCACACCGGGGAGCGCCUGCACCGCUGCCUGAACUGCGCCCAGGCCUUCGCGCAGCGGCUGGAGCUACAGCGCCACCUCAGCGCGCACACCGGCGAGGCCCACCUGUGCCCCAUGUGUGGGAAGGCCUUGCGCGACCCGCACACCCUGCGGGCCCACGAGCGCCUGCACUCGGGGGAGAGGCCCUUCCUGUGCCCCCAGUGCGAGCAUGCCUACACUCUGGCCACCACUCGGCAUCACCUCAAGUCGCACCUUGAGGACAAGCCCCACCGCUGCCCCACCUGCGGCAUGGGCUACAGCCUCGCGCAGAGCCUCAGGCACCACCAGCUCAGUCACCGGCCCGGGGUGUCCUUGGCACCCACUACCGGGCUCCUGCAGCCUGAGCCGGGCCUGCCGGCCUCAGGUGGCCCAAGGGCCUUGUCCCCGGCCGGCAACAUCACACAGGUAGCCGUUUCCAAGGGCCAGGAGAGGUGCAUGGCGGUGCCCAAGGAGCCAGAGCCCGGCCCUGUCCUGGUGCUGAUCCAUAAGGACGCAGGCUUCGGCCCCUGGGUGGAGGUGGUGGCUCUGGAGACGGGCACCUGAUCCUGGUGCUCCCAUAAAGACUGUCCCCA